AUGGAGGUCGACAAAGAAAAAUUCUAUCAGACUUUAAAUCAGGUACUAUACAAUAAGAAGGGGCAAAACUCAUUACUUUUAUCACGCGAGAAAUAUUUUUGGCUGAUAGACAAAAUAAAAACAGCAAAGACGGCUACGAAGAAAUCAACUGCUGAUUAUCGGCGUUUAAAAAAAUAUGAAGUAGUUGACACACCGGAGGGGGAAAGAUUGUAUGCGGCCCAAGUGCCGGGAGAUAACAGACGGCAAAAGUUGGUACAUCUUGACGAGAUGUACGACAUCAUAGCCGAUUAUCAUAUUAAAUUAAACCACGGCGGGCGGAGUCGUAUGAUGAUUGAAUUGAAACGUCAUUAUAAGAAUAUUACCACUGAAAGCGUAUUAGUAUAUUUGUCAAUGUGUGAACCGUGUAAAAAGAAAUUAAUUAGACGCGGAAGAUCUGAAUGGACUUCAAAUAAUAAUAAUGAAACUAUAGAUGAAACUUUCAAUGAAACAGCCAGCCAUUUCUCAGAAUGUUCAGACUUAAAGCUGGAAAUUGAAGGCGAAAAGUUAACGAAUGUUGCUACUACAACUUUUAAGUAUCCAGAACUUUAUUCUCGAGGUCAAAUAGACAUUCUAGGCGUUACUAAUGAGCCGGGAGAUGAAUAUAAAUAUUUAAUGGUGUAUAGAUAUUUUGUUUCGAAAUAUAUCAUCUUGAGAGCGAUGAGAGCCUUAAGCGUAGAAGAAGCAGUGGAAGGAUUACUAGAUAUAUUUUUAACAUUUGGAGCACCAAAUAUUUUGCAAUCUAAAAAUGGUUUAGAACUUAUAAAACCUAUAUGUAGGAGAAUAUCAAAUUUGUUUCCAGAAAUUAAGGUGUUAGCAUCAGAAAAAGUGUUUACGAACAAUGAUUUUAAAGGAAAGUCGAACGAGGAUAUAUUAAAAAAUUUGAAUGAAUGGUUGGUUAAAUCUCAGAAUACGAAAUGGCAGGAAGGUGUGAAGUUUGUGCAAUAUGACUUGAACACAACAUUUCACGAGGUUUUAUGCAAAACUCCUUGUGAAAUCGUGUUUGGGCAGAAGCCUUCAAAAGGUGUUACAUCUUUUAUGACAAAAACCGUAAGUGAUGACUUGAUAAUGGAACAAGAUCUUAUAACGGUUUUUGAAAAUAGAGACAAGUCUGAUCCAAUAGCACCGAAACAAUUGCAGUUAGAGGAGUCACUGAUGCUUCCUUGCAAUUUUAUAAAAUUGGAAUCGGAAAUGAUAGAUGAGAGUGAAGAAGCAAUGGAUAGUGAUGAAAUAAACCUUUAA